CUUAAGAAAAGUGGACUUGGGAGACUUUUUACAAACAGUGUGACUUUUAUAGUGGUUUGUGUUACGUUAAAAAUCGCUCAAAUUUUAUUUUUCGUUUGCGUGUAUUGUUAUGAAGACGUAAAAAAAUAUAAUUUAGGUCGUGAAAACUAUGGAUUGUGAAGCCACAUUGCAUAAAAAAUCGAAACACGCAAACGCGUUGCGCCGCUCAAAGACGAAACGAUAAGCGCAAAAUGGCCGUUCGAAAAGAUUUUCCCGCUCAAAGAACUGUCAAAGUGAGAUUGGCGUGUGGAGUGUGAGUGCGUUCGGAAUGGUCGGCGCCGGAGCGACAUGGUGACACUAAUGCCGUGUAGCUACCUCGGUGGCACUUCGCCACGCUGCAGCUUGGACCACGCCGAGCCUAAGGCGAAACGAGCACGAGGAGACACUAACCCUGAUGCUUCGGACCGACUAUCAGGCGAAGUCAACACAAGCCCGUGCGAGUCGGAAUCAACGUCAAACUCCCCGCCAUCAUUACUGCAGGAUGCUUCGCUCCCUGCGCUCCUAGUGUCUGGCAGCUCGACGCUCUUCCAGAACACUCCAACAACGAGUAACCUGAGCCUGUCAGCUGUUGAUAGCCUAUGCUUGCCUGGUAGUUCAGACGUGGAGCUGCCGAACGGAUGCGCGUCGAACUCGCUCGGCGGACUCGCUCUGCCUCUGACGUCAUCCGGCGGGCUCUGUUCCACCUCCUCGUCAUCCGCGGUCGCCUGGUUGAUGAAUGACGAUAGUGCGGGAGGUGUUAAGAGCGAGGUGCGCAGCCCGGGGUUGUGCGAAGCAGACGUGGCGCUGUACGGAGAAACCCUGCCGUAUGACCAGACCGCCUUGCCGUACCAAUACUACAAUAGUAUGCAGCAGUAUGGUGGUGGCGGCACGGCGUCUUCGUAUGUCAGUUCGUCUCUCUACAACCAGCCCUACGCUGCGUACUCCGCUCCGCAUAACACCAAUAAUAGGUCAUCGUGCAAGGCGCCGCCGACGUACCUAAGCUACGGCGUAGGCGGCGUGGGCACAGUGUCUGGCGGAGGGUUCAGCACGCAACCAUCGCCUUACGCCUACUCCUCCUACAAUGGGGGGCUGGCACAGUCGUUCCCUGCUACUCAACAGGAAUACAGCAGUUAUGCCGGCUAUGCGGAACACAAUGUGGCGGCGCAAUACAGUGGAUACUACGCAGCGCCCAGUUACUCGCCUUAUGUUAGCUCACCCAGCAGUAGUGGGAGCGCGGGCCAUACGUCCUACCAUUUAGGAGGCGCUCUGUCAGAAUCUCCGUCAUCCAUACUCCCUGCCAUAAAUGAUGCCAGUCCGCUGUCUCCUAUUAAGAAUGAAAUUCACGCAGCCAGUCGGAGGUGUCGAGAGAAUUCUGGUGAGAGCGCCUCCUCACGCAGCCGCGGGCGCGGGCGUCGCAACACGUCGUCGUCGCCUGCGCAGCACGUGCCCGAGCCGGCCACUGACCGCGUCUUCAUCUGGGAUCUAGAUGAAACCAUCAUCAUCUUCCACUCGCUGCUCACCGGCACAUACGCUACUAAGUACAAUAAGGAUACACAACAAAUACUUCAAUUAGGUUUUAGAAUGGAGGAGAUGGUAUUCAGCCUGUCUGACACGCAUUUCUUCUAUAACGAUGUUGAGGAUUGCGACCAGGAGCACAUAGACGCAGUGGCGGCUGACGACAACGGACAGGAUCUCUCCGCGUACAACUUCGCGGCGGACGGCUUCCAUGCAGGCGCAGCGCCUAACGCGGGGUUGUGCGCGCCCGGGGUGCGCGGCGGGGUCGACUGGAUGAGGAAGCUGGCCUUCAGAUACCGGAAGAUCAAGGAGACAUACAAUAAUUAUAGGAAUAGCGUGGGCGGUUUACUUGGCCCGGCCAAGCGGGAGCUGUGGCUGCAACUGCGCGCGGAUUUGGAACAAGCUACUGACAACUGGCUCACGCUCGCCUGCAAGUGCCUCAACAUGAUCAACUCCAGGGAGAACUGCGUGAACGUGCUGGUGACGACGACGCAGCUGGUGCCGGCGCUGGUGAAGGUGUUGUUGUACGGGCUCGGCGGGGUCUUCCCCAUCGAGAACAUCUACUCCGCCACCAAGACUGGUAAAGAAACAUGUUUCGAGAAGAUAAAGCAGAGGUUCGGCGAGCGGUGCACGUACGUGGUGAUCGGUGAUGGGCAGGACGAGGAAGCCGCGGCCAAGGCGAAGAAUUACCCAUUCUGGCGUAUAUCUGGCCACAGCGACAUAGCCGCGCUCUACAACGCGCUCGACAUGGGCUUCUUAUGAUCUGCUGCUGUCCUAGUACCUCGCAUACACUCUAUUUUAGGAAAUUUCUUCAAAAUUAUGUCAAAAGUCCAUUUUGAGUGACUACGAUGGGGGUUUAAAAGGUCACACUUUUCUAUCGUGUGGGCUACGAGGCGGAUUACCAACCUCAUCAAUCCUGGUAUCAGGGUCCCCAAACCCAUACCCAAACCCAACCCAAACCCGUAUGAUGGGGGUU